AGCUGUUGUUUCCUUUGUGAUAAAGUAAUCCAAAAUCUCGUUUUCCAGUUAAUAAAUACGUAAAUAGUAAAUAGUAUAAAACAAAACGUCGUAUUUUUAUCCUUCCUUUGUUCGAAAUGUCGAAUAUUGUUUUAUCGUUGUUAAAUUUUAAUUAGUUCCGACGUUAGGCAGUUGUUUUUAUAAUUAUAACGAUUAGUGUUGAUACUUUGAUACUAUCGUUGUAGAAAUCGUUUCGUGCGGUAGUUAAUUUAUUACGAUCUCUAUCCACACGUCAAAAAUGUCGUCCGGUUCUUGUGAAACGAACACCAAAAAACAGAAACUCCAUCAUCAUCAUCAGGUGUCGUUGGACGUCAACGGUGGUAGUGGCAGUGCAUCGACAGCUCCACCUAAUGGUGUCGCUCAAAAGAUCACUACCCCAGCAAUGGGGUAUUUCUGUUUUGAUACACUUUACUCCUAUCUUAACAGCUUGGAGCCGCCCAAGAAACCAGAUUUCACAAAUGACCCAUUUCCUCUGUUUGUAACAUGGGAGACCGGAAUAGACAAGAAACUCAGGGGAUGUAUUGGCACAUUCAAUUCGAUUGCUUUACACAGUGGCUUACGCGAGUACGCUAUAACAAGUGCACUGAGAGAUUCACGGUUCAAACCAAUCUCAAGCGACGAAUUGAACCGAUUACAUGUAACCAUAUCGAUAUUGUUACACUUCGAGGAAGGCAAAGAUUACAACGAUUGGGAAAUCGGCGUUCACGGUAUACGCAUUGAAUUUCAAAAUGAACGUGGAAUGAGGCGAACAGCUACUUAUUUACCAGAAGUGGCUGAAGAACAAGGCUGGGACAAAAUACAAACUAUUGAUUCACUCCUACGUAAAGGAGGUUAUCGAGGUCAUGUAACACCUGAGACUCGUCGUUCUUUAAAAUUGACUAGAUAUCAAAGUGAAACUGUAUCAGUCAGUUUCCAAGAUUAUAUGAAUCAUAUGCAAACUCAACGUUGCUAGCAGCAUCUUCGGGGCCAAGACACAAUGGCCCCUCAAGUAUCAACACUGCCGAUUUUUAAACACCCAAACAUGUAUUUAACUCAUUCACAUCCCUUACCACAAUCAAUGUAUUUCCAACUACAAACAUCACCAAUUUAUUAUAACUAUCCAAUAUAAUAUAAAAUCAGAUGACCAAAAAAAAGUAAGAUAAAAAUUACCAUACUGUUGUGAUUUUAAAAUAAAAAAAAUUAUUUUAUUUUCCCAUUUUUGAUGGUUUUUGUAUAAUAGUUUAAUAAUAAUAAGAUUUUGGAGUUGACUAAGAUUCACAUUCAAAAUUUACAAUUAUUUAUUUAAUUUACCAAAAUGUCUAACUAUGAUUUUAAAACAAUAUGUUAUUUCCAUUUUACUUUGAAGUAUGUUUAUAACAGACAAUACAAUUACAUAAUAGGACUUCCUUGUAAUAUUUCUUUCUUUCUUUAACCCAUAUGCAACACUGUAAAUUUGUGUUUAGCAAAACUAAUCUUUUGCUAUUGUCUAUAAUAUUAGAAUAAAUUAUUUAAAGUAUUUUCAAUAUAUUAAUAGUAAGAACAUUAAAUAUUAUUUAUGUUUUUACUAAAAUAUUUCUUUAUUUUAUAAGUAUACAGAUUAUAAAUAUUCUUAUAUUUCACAAAAAAAAUCGAAAUAUUAUACAAAUUCAGUAUACAAAUUUAAAUAUUCUUAGCUAGUUAAGUUCUACGUGUGAUAAUAAUUCAAUUAACUCUAUUUAACCUAAUAGUAUAAGAUUUUUGCUAGGUGACACAAAUUUGCUGUUGUGCAUGGAUCAAUAAAAAGAAACAAAAUAAAUAGUGUUUUCACAUUUUAAUAAUUUAAAUUCAACAAUUUUUUAUGUAAAUUAAUGUCUUUCCUCAAUUAGAUGAAUUAAAAAAAUUAUUCCAUCAUUUUUUAAAACUCAUAAAUUUUAUAAUUUAUUAUUUAAAACUUAAAAUCUAAAAAGUCAUUAAUGUUAAUAUAAAUAUUAAUUAUUUUUAAGUUAAAUUUACAAAAAUUCUACUUUCUCAUAAUAAUGCAUUAAAUAAGUAAAAAGAAAAAUCAAAGAGCUUUUUUAAUUUUAUUUAAUCUAAAGUUAUUUAAAUAUUAAGCUUUAAUAAUAUAUUAUAGUUAUUAAUAAGUACAUACAAUUUUUUCAUUGAUUUAAUAUAUAUAUAAAAUCUUGGUUGUAUUAAAAACAAAAUACAUACAUUUUUAAUGAUAAUGUUUUAUGAAGAAUAAUAGUUUUAUUUUCUAAAAAGUGUUGUAAAACCUAUUAUGUGUUCACUAACUUCAAAGAAGUUUGUUUAUAAAUGUGGUUUUAAGUUUUUUGACUGGUAUUUUAUGAAAUUAUACACUUUUAAUCUAUUAAAUAUCAAUUGUCAUAUACUCUAUGUUUAAAAAGUACUUUAGAUGUGGACCUGUGUGUAGAGAUGUAGUUUUACUACAUGACAGGCAGAUGCUUCACUUAAUUGAAACAACAAAUGUUCAUUGUUUAACUGCCACCCAACAGAAACUGGUUACUGCUGGGGUCCGAUUACAGAAUGUUGUACAAAUAAUAUGACUAUAUUGUAAGUUAAUCAAUAAUCAUUAUAAAUUUGACAUUAGUUAUAAGGUAUUGUAUUAUGUUAUAUCAAUUUUGCUGUUUUGCUAAAUAUAUUGUAAUUCAAAUUAUUAA